GCCUCAGACCCAGAAACACACAAAGAUAGGAAAAGAGGAAGAAAAAAAAAAGAGAGAGAAAGAGAGAGAGAGAGAAGAAAAGAAGAAAAAGGAGGCUUGUCGUGGAUGUGCAACCGUCUGCGACUCCGAUAAGCGAGUAGAGGAAGACGAAGACGAAGACGAGAAAAAGAGAGCACACAGAGUUGCUGUAUCUCUGAAUCAAAAGCCAAAUUCGAGAUACAGAGACGAAGAAGAAGAAGAAACAGAGGUUUUGAGGUUUUUUUUCGAAAGAGGAGAAGUGGUUUCUAUAUUUGGUGAUUUCGUCAGCUAAGGAGCUUCUUCGUCACCAGAUGAAACAGAUCUGAGCUUUACACAAAGUAUGACGACGAGUGCGGACGUUUCAAUGAAAGGAAAUCGUGGAGGAGGAGGAGAAAACUUCUCUUCCCUUGGUUACAGUGACUCAACGGUCGCCGGCGAGGCGGCGAUGAAAACUCAGUCUAACCGAUCCAUGGCUGCUGAGCGUGUUGUCGACGCUGAAGCAGCUCUCUACCGUGAACUGUGGCACGCUUGUGCUGGUCCUCUCGUGACGGUACCUCGACAAGACGACCGUGUCUUCUAUUUCCCUCAGGGACACAUCGAGCAGGUGGAGGCAUCGACAAACCAAGCAGCGGAACAGCAGAUGCCUCUCUAUGAUCUUCCUUCCAAGAUCCUUUGUCGAGUCAUUAAUGUCGAUUUAAAGGCAGAGGCUGAUACCGACGAAGUUUAUGCGCAGAUUACUCUUCUUCCAGAGCCUAUGCAAGACGAGAAUGCAAUUGAGAAAGUGCCACCUCCUCCCCCGCCCCCGAGGUUCCAAGUACACUCCUUCUGCAAAACCUUGACUGCAUCGGACACAAGUACACACGGUGGAUUUUCUGUUCUUAGGCGGCAUGCGGAUGAAUGUCUCCCACCUCUGGAUAUGUCACGUCAACCUCCUACUCAGGAGUUAGUUGCAAAAGAUCUUCAUGCAAUUGAGUGGCGUUUCCGACAUAUUUUCCGAGGUCAACCACGAAGGCAUUUGCUUCAGAGUGGAUGGAGCGUGUUUGUUAGCUCCAAGAGGCUGGUUGCAGGCGAUGCUUUUAUAUUUCUAAGGGGUGAGAAUGGAGAAUUACGUGUGGGUGUAAGGCGUGCAAUGCGGCAACAAGGAAAUGUGCCAUCCUCUGUUAUAUCAAGCCACAGCAUGCAUCUUGGUGUAUUGGCCACUGCCUGGCACGCUAUUUCAACUGGAACCAUGUUUACUGUCUACUACAAACCAAGGACUAGUCCUUCUGAGUUUAUUGUUCCGUUUGAUCAGUAUAUGGAGUCCGUGAAAAAUAACUACUCCAUAGGUAUGAGAUUUAAAAUGAGAUUCGAAGGCGAAGAGGCUCCUGAGCAGAGGUUUACUGGCACAAUCGUUGGGAUUGAAGACUCUGACCCCACGAGGUGGGCAAAAUCGAAAUGGAGAUCUCUCAAGGUACGUUGGGAUGAGACCACUAGUAUUCCUCGCCCUGAUAGAGUAUCCCCGUGGAAGAUUGAGCCAGCUCUUUCUCCUCCUGCUUUGAGUCCUGUACCAAUGCCUAGGCCUAAGAGACCCAGAUCUAAUAUAGCUCCUUCUACUCCGGACUCUUCCAUGCGCAUAAGAGAAGGCUCAUCUAAGGCAAACAUGGACCCUUUACCGGCAAGUGGACUAUCAAGGGUCUUGCAAGGUCAAGAAUACCCGACCUUGAGAACGAAACAUGUUGAGAGUGUAGAAUGCGAUGCUCCUGAGAAUUCUAUUGUGUGGCAAUCCUCAAAUGAUGAUGACAAGGUUGACGUGGUUUCAGCUUCUAGAAGAUAUGAGAACUGGAUGUCCUCAACCAGGCAUGAACAACCUGCUUACACGGAUUUGCUUUCUGGCUUUGGGGCAAACAUAGAACCACCACCACCUCACGGUCAUCAAAUACCUAUGUACGACCGUUUAUCAUCAUCACCUUCUGUGGCCGCAAGGAAAAUCCUCAGCGACCAGGAUGGCAAGUUCGAAUAUCUUGCUAACCAGUGGCAGAUGAUGCACUCUGGCCUUUCCCUGAAGUUACAUGAAUCCCCCAAAGUCCCUGCCGCAUCUGAUACCUCUUUCCAAGGGAUAAGUAAUCCCUAUGCUUUGCCUCGUGCAGUGACGACGACUGAGAAUGCUGCUGGCAACUGGCCAAUACGUCCCCGAGCUUUAAAUUAUUUCGAAGAAGCGGUCCAUGCUCAGGCUAGAGAGCAUGUAACAAAACGUCCUGCGGUCGUACAAGAGGAGGCAGCAAAGCCAAGAGAUGGGAACUGCAGGCUUUUUGGCAUUCCUCUGGUGAAUAACGUGAACGGGACAGAUACAGCUACGGCUCAGAGAAACAAUUUGAAUGACACUACGGGGCUUACGCAGAUAGCAUCACCCAAGGUUCAGGAUCUUUCUGACCAGUCGAAAGGGUCAAAAUCGACAAAUGAUCAUCGUGAGCAAGGACGACCGUUCCCGGUUAGUAAACCCCAUCCGAAGGACGUUCAGACCAAAACAAACUCAAGUAGGAGCUGCACGAAGGUUCACAAGCAGGGCAUUGCACUUGGCCGGUCAGUAGAUCUCUCAAAGUUCCAGAACUACGAGGAGUUGGUUACUGAAUUGGAUAGGCUGUUUGAGUUUAAUGGAGAGUUAAUGGCACCUAAGAAGGAUUGGCUGAUAGUUUACACAGAUGAUGAGAAUGAUAUGAUGCUUGUUGGAGACGAUCCUUGGCAAGAGUUUUGUUGCAUGGUUCGUAAAAUCUUCAUAUACACGAAAGAGGAGGUCAGGAAGAUGAACCCGAGAACUCUUAGCUGUAGGAACGAGGAAGACGCAGUUGCUGGGGAAGGAUCAGAUGCAAAAGACGCCAAGUCUGCAUCAAAUCCUUCAUUGUCCAGCGCCGGAAACUCUUAAACAAAAAAAUCAAAACACCCUUUUGCUACUAGCCAAGGGGAAGAGUGGUAGGAUUACAGACCAAGAGGAGAGUUGGAUGGUGGAGCGUGGAGAGCAAUAUGGGGUUAUGUUUUUUUUUUUCUUCUAAGAUAUGAUAAAAUGCAAUUUUUGAAAUAUUUUGUUGGCCAGUUAGAUUAUUAGCAUCUCCCACCAUCCUAUUAUCUGAUGAUAAUAAUAUUUAAUAAGCAAUAUAUACUAUAAAGUAAACAAAAAAAGGUUGCAGGUAAUUUUAUAUGGUAGAAAAUGGGAAGGGCUCUUUUAUAAAGUAGAAAUGAUGGUGUGGAGUUGUAGAUGGAGGCUGGUUUCUCGGUUCUUUGCUUUUAUGUAUUUCUUUUCCUUCUUCCAAAGAUCUCUCCUUAAAGUCUUUUAUUGUUUAUAUAUCAAUGCUAAUGUACAUAAGUUUUUAAGAA